UAGUAAAGUCUUAUACCGUAAGAGCCUAUAACUUUUGAUCAUCCAUAUUCAGUCAAUACAAAAUCAAGGAAUCAGGUUACCAACAAUGAAGAUUAAUGCUAAAUUUAUCUCACCGUAGUUACCUUAUCAUAAUUUCACUUGAAAAUCAGGUGUUGGUGGUUGACAUCUUGGAAAAAAAGUUACCGUUUCUUAGGCCUUGAUAGUGUUGAUUGAACAAUAAACUUGCGUAUCCUUUCACAUUGUUUACAAAGUAAAACCAUCAUUUUUAAAUCGUUAAAGUUGUUAAGUUAUUUCCAAGAUUGAUUUCAGUAGCUUGAAACUUGAUAAAUUAGCUGAUAAAAGAUUUGAUUACGAUAAAGUGAAUUGAAUUGAAGAAAAUAUUUGAAUGUGAAAUAACAAUUAACACUGUUCGAUACAACUGAGUCUUCAUAUUUUAACCAAACAUGCCUUUUUAUACAAAAAUUGGAAACUUUGCCGCUGUAACUUGGUGUACAAUUGGAUCUGCACUACUUGGGUUGUUUUUAAUGCUGGUAGGUGCCAUUAUUACUGGAUAUGCUUAUACCGAAAUCACUCCACCCGAUUAUGAUGAUAACUACCAAAGAUAUAUUGGCUCCAAUUUAAUGAGAGUUAUGGGUCCUCUUUUCCUUGCAUUUGGAGGAUUGCUUCUUUUUGGUAGCUGUUGUCUCUUUACAUUUGCCUUUGUAAGUGAGAGUCGUAAAGAUCGAGGAAGUGCUAACCAAGUUGACUAUGAUGACAGAGUUACAGGACCUGAACAAGAGAAGCUCCAGAAUCCAUGAAGUUAAAUGACAAAUUAAUCGUCUCAUUGUGAAUCAAAUGGAAGUGCUACCAAGCCAUUUCAACAAUUUUUUCAUUUUCAAUUCAUCAACAGUUUGAUUCAUUCAUUCUGUCUUUACUCUAAUCAUAUUAUGACAAAUAUAAAAAUACAGGGUUUUGCCGAAGGAUGUGUUUUCCUUAAAUAUUUUUUUAUUUUCUUUUCGAAUAACUUUUUCUUUGGUGAAAGUAAAGCCGAAUAACGGGGAAAUAAGAAAAAUUAGUUCUUGUCUCAUUCGAAAUUUAUAUGUAAGUCUAAUGACAUUUGCCUAUUGUUACAUUUUGACGAAACUCGGAUUUGCUCAGAAAUAUUUUUGAAGUACAUUCUGUUUACAACAACAAAAGCUGUAAAUUCACCUUGAUUUGAUGUUUAAUUGUAUUCAUUAUAAAUUUCAAUUGAUCUUGAAUCAUAUUGAGUCACAAGGGCUCAUCUUGCUGUCUCGAUGUCUUCAAGUUACAGAGUUAUGUAGACAUAUUGAUAGGAAAAUUUUGAAAAGGCGCUUUGUAUAAAUUGUUCAAUGAAUGGAAUCAUUGUUUUAUUCAGAAUUUAGAAAAUUUUAUGUUUAAACUGAAUUAUGGUUAAUACGCAAUAUAAGUGUGAUCGACCUUUGAUCGUGAUCUAUCAUUAUUAAAGUAUGGUUAGGGAUUGAUUGGUUUCACCGUGGUUGGUUCAGUUCGACGAACCAAUAUUGAUAUGAUAAAUGUAACUUGAAAAUUAGCAGAGACUAAUCAACUCUUAUAACCCAAGUUUUGGUUUGUUUAUUAGCAAUAUAAAAUGAAGAAAAUGAAUCUGUGAAUCUUGAGAAUUCAGUUCGUGAUUCAUGUUUCGAUAAUAAAAAGAAGGUGAUUGAAAGUAGGAAAAGUAUUGGUGGUGAAGUUGAUUGCUGUCGAUCAAAAAAUUGUUGUUGAAAAAGGCAUCUCUUCACAGCUAUAAUUGAUAGUCAAUCAAUACCUUCAUGAAACCAUCAUUAUUAGCCAUUUCUUUAUCUACUGUGUUGAUCUUGGAGAAGGCAAGGAAAAUUUUAGAGAAAAAGGAAUGAAAAUAAACAAAAAUGAAAUAAGAUAAAGAAUGUCCUUCAUUGUAUUCAUGAUUCCAAGAAAAUUGAAUAACAAUUGAUCAGCUAUGAAAACCAGCAAUUCGUUGUCAAUCAUUAAGUCUGUAAUGAAGUAAGAUGAUGAUGAUGAUGUUGAUGAUGAAUAAGAAGAAAGUGAAAGAUAAGGAACCAGACGAAAGUGAGUAUGAGAGAGACUGAGAUGUCCUUUGAACGCUUGGACUGAGCCCUUCAAUGUUACCGGUUUCAAAUUGAUCAGUUUCUUGGUGAGCUUUCCAUCAACAAGUCUUGUGAAUCGAAACCAUGAAAACCCAACAGUAAACAGUGUGAUCAUCAUUAGUGCUUCUUUGGAUUCUAGAAAACUGUAAACCAACUAAAAAAUUAAACAGGUUAACCAGAUAAUUUUGUUUAAGGUUUGUGAUUAUCAAUGUUGGUUAAAAAUUUCCUCCGGUUUAUUGUUUUCUCUGCAAUUUUAUCGUCAACUCUUGGAGCUUGUCCUAAACCAUUUCAAGGGUUUGGCAUCUUUUUGGGCCAAGCAAAAGCUUUUAAUAAUUCGCUGCCAUCGAUACGCACGGAUGUUCUCGAUUCUCUUUAUCAUGAUUUAGGAAUUCGUUAUCUUCGCUCAGAAUAUCCUCCAAGUUUCAGUCCAUCCAAAGGAGUUUACCAAAUUUCUUGUGUAGACCAAGCAUCAUGUACUUGGAUAACCAUGGCUAAUCUGUUGUCGUCUUAUCCAGACAUAGAGCUUUUCAUUUCCAUCUGGCAACCACCGACAUACAUGAUGACAAAUGCUUCAUCAUUGAAGACCGAAUUUGAAACUGAUUACAUCAAUUAUUUGGGUAACAUAACUUCUCAAGCCGAGUCCAAUUACAACCUAACCAUAAGUCGAGUAUCAUUUGUUAAUGAACCAGAGUAUUUUGAUGCACCUUGGGCUCAUUGUUUCAUGUUACCAACCCAAGUUUGUCGCCUUGCUCGUUCCAUGGUUGAUCCACGGAUGAAAGUUUGUCCUGAAACUGCCUACUUUUGGAUGGCCAAAUCUUACUUGAUUGAAGGACAGUGUGAUGGAGCUUGUUCCAUAGUAGCUACUCAUGGUUAUAAACCCUGGGUCCGAGGAUUUGCUACUGGUAAUCCACAAAUUAGAGUUCAUUUUGAUUUAGAUGUUAACGAAAAUGAUUUAGCACAACCAGUCUGGAUAACAGAGCUUGCAUCAACAUUGACAGAAACAGAAAUACCAAAUCAAAUGGAUUUCGCACUGGAUUUAGCCUCAUCUUUGGCCAAUUUUGUCGGAUCAACCUGCGUUCAAAGGGUCUACCAUUGGUUAGCCUACACUGAAACAUCCUCCAGUGAAUCCCUUAUUUGGUCAGUCAAUGGAACCAGCUUGCUUAAGCCAAAAAAGUACUAUGCUUAUCGACAUUUCACUCGAUCAGCCGCUCCUGGCAAUCGGACCGUAUCUACAUGUUCAACCAAAAGUUAUACUUGUUUAACAUUUGAUGAUCAAGUUAUUUAUAUUAACAAGAGAAGACGAUCAGUUAAAUUGAGCACACGACGUCCAAGUCCGGAAGCUGUUUGUUGCACUGAACCGAAUUCAGAUCAUAAAUGCUACCAAAAACCAACAGAGUUACCAGCCAAGUCUAUAUGUUCAACUGCUGCUGUAGCAAUUGGAGCUUAAUUACAUGUCUACAAUAUUGAAAGCGGUAAAUGACUUUAAUGUACAAAAAACAACGAUACAAAAAAGCAAUAGAGAUAAUAGGUUACAGAAGGAAUGGAUGUAGACUUGAGAUUCGUUUAUACUAGAUAUGUUUGUAUCAAAAAUAUUCAAUAAAUCAAAAUCCUAAUGGUGGUCAAAAAAGUUUGGAAUACAAGUAAAUCGAGUUUUUGCAAAACUGGAUAAUGUCCAUGGUUUGGUUCGUUUUUUGCUUGAUGAGAAGUUUAUUUGCACAGUUUUUAAAAUAAAGGCACAUUGCAUUGUAUUAUCGUAGUAUGGAAUUGAAUGAGAAAUUGAAAAUAUUCAGCAAUCCGAAAGUAGAUCAAUAAUUAACUGCUUGUAUUAUUAAUAAAAUGACAUGAUGUCUAUUAGCUACA